GAGGAUUUACAUGAUUCCCAGGUCGUCUUCUCCUCACAGUGUUUGGGCACCUGCAGAAUCUUUACUGGAUAGUGAAUUAAAGAGGCCAGCACCAAUUUGUACCAUCAAUGGUAACCAACUGAAUCCUUUUAUUUAAUUUCAGGUGUUUAUAAUGAGGUUGUUUCCCUCCUGGCACAUAUGGCUGACCAAGAUAAGAACAAAAUUGCCCUCAGGAUUGCCUCUAUAGCUAAGACCAAGCUGGCUAGUGUUGUGAGAGUUCUGCUGGAGAAACUGCAACAGGAUGAGCAAGUAACAAAUGAACUUAAAGUGGCAGCUAGUAACACCUUAGUGACGCUGGCACGCUGCUAUUUCAAUGAUGUGAUGUCUGAGCUGCGGUGUCAUCUGAACCUGCCGGAAGAGUUUAUUUUAGUUACACUGGGCAACCUGUCAUCAGCCUAUGCACUUAAGUGUAUCCGUUUUGUGAGAAUGACCCUGUAUGACAUGGACUGCAUGCUGGAGUUAGUCAACGACAGCAGGAUGAGACAAGCAUUUUGUGGUGUUCUGGAAAAAUGGUCAAGAGCAGUAAAUUUCUAUUUCACCAACUGGGAAAAGUGCUCAUUCCGCAGAAUGGAUGCAUCGCAAUUCUGCGAUCCAAUUCUUCCUAUUUAUGCUCAUGUGACCAGCAACUGGCUGACCUGUGAGGAGCCGGAGCUCAAGCAGGCUAUCAUCAAAGCCCUUGGUCCCAUGAUGAGCCUCCUGCUACACAAAGAAGGCCAUCAAGAUCAGCUAUUUAAACCGAUCUCAUGGCUCCUUGAGCAAUAUAAGGAGAACACUGAUGUUUUUCACAUCACCAAGAGUCUGAGCCAGCUCUUGGAGGUCUCGGGUGAAUAUAAGAUCCCUCUCCCUAAGACGGUUUCAAGCCAUCUGCAGUGCUCUGCACAACCAGGCACGGAGCCUGAUUCGGGAGAAUCAGGGGAAUCGGCCUAA